AUGCCAGCUUUCUUCAGUGUUCAUUGGCUAGCUGGCUCGGGAAGCGGGGUUUGGCCGUCGCCAGGACAUGGCUGACGGGGGCGGCUGGCGGCCGCCGCGCCCCUGCGAGGCCUACAGCGCCGAGUGGAAGCUCUGCCGCAGCGCCGGGCACUUCCUGCACCACUACUACGUCCACGGCGAGCGGCCGGCGUGCGAGCAGUGGCGGCGCGACCUGGCCAGCUGCCGCGAGUGGGAGGAGCGCCGGAGCGCCGAGGCCCAGCGGUCCCUCUGUGAGAGCGAGCGUGCACGAGUCCAGGCUGCACAGAAGCACACGCUGGUGUGGGUCCCGAGGCAGAGGCCACCUGCAGACUGGCACCUCCCCCUGCCACAGCAGGAGAAAGACUGAGCCCUUCACUUUCCUCCAGUCUGUUUCGAGUGGGGCUGCACGUGACUCAAAGGACUGUGUGCAGCUUGGGCAGUCUGGUGGUCCCUGGGAGCUUCCACCUGCCGUGGAACUCGGAGUUUGAUGUCUCCAGCCCUGCUUGGCCACGCCUCACCUGUGCUCAGGGUGCCUUGCCACUACCAUACAUUCAAAGACAAGUCCGCCCGCUGCGCAGCUUCAGGAAGUCCAGCUCUGCAGCAGGUAUGCCUGCGGGCAGCCAGGCCAGGCUGCUCACGCUCCUUGCUGGGAACAGUGGUGCAGGAGCGGCCUGCUCUGAGGUCUGGAAUUCUCAGGUCAACUCUUAAGCGGUGUCCCUGACCUGUGUGGACAUGUAGGGGGUCGGAAUGAGGCAGCUGAAUGGUCGGUUGUGCUGUGUGAACCCCUGUCCUGGCCCUGGCUUGGUGAUGACCACGUAUUACCGCCACUGGCGCUCACAUGCGGCUCAGCCGACUCGCUCAGUUCUUCUGCAGGCACUCCACUGGACCAGCCCUGGAGACCCUGGUGUUUAAGAAGUGCCACAGCCACAGAACAUACAGCUCUGCAUUAAAAGAGUUCACGGACUCUUAGCUUAAGAAACCCAAGCCCAGGGCACAUGAAAUUAUGAUCUCCUUCCCUCAAAAUUUCCCCUGGUAAUUUUUAGAAAAUGUGGAAUAUAUCAAAAGCCAUUUCACACAUUUGAUCCCAAGUAAAAUAAAAAAGUUAGAUCCACAGUUUAA